UCUCCGCCGCGCCACCGCGCCAUUUUGCCGGGGUUUGAAUGUGAGGCGGUGCCGUAGCUGGAGCGGCAGAGCUGGGUACUGUCUAAAGCCAGGCAUCCUCUUCUCCUUUUCCGUAUUACUAAGAGGUUCUGCUACAAUGGAAUUAAGUGAUGCAAAUUUGCAAACUCUAACAGAGUAUUUAAAGAAAACGCUUGAUCCUGAUCCUGCUAUCAGACGUCCAGCUGAGAAAUUCCUCGAGUCUGUUGAAGGAAAUCAAAAUUACCCAUUGUUGCUUUUAACAUUGCUGGAGAAAUCUCAAGAUAAUGUCAUCAAAGUGUGUGCCUCAGUAACAUUCAAGAACUACAUCAAAAGGAACUGGAGAAUUAUUGAGGAUGAACCAAACAAAAUCUGUGAAGCAGAUCGGAUAGCCAUAAAAGCCAAUAUAGUGCACUUGAUGCUUAGCAGUCCUGAACAGAUUCAGAAACAGCUGAGUGAUGCAAUUAGCAUCAUUGGCCGAGAAGAUUUUCCUCAAAAAUGGCCUGACUUACUGACGGAAAUGGUUAAUCGUUUUCAGAGUGGAGAUUUCCAUGUUAUCAAUGGGGUUCUUCGCACAGCACAUUCAUUAUUUAAAAGGUAUCGCCAUGAAUUUAAGUCAAACGAGUUAUGGACUGAAAUUAAACUUGUUUUGGAUGCCUUUGCACUACCUUUGACUAAUCUUUUCAAGGCUACUAUCGAACUCUGCAGCACCCAUGCAAAUGAUGCAUCUGCUUUGAAAGUUCUUUUUUCCUCUUUAAUUUUGAUCGCAAAACUGUUCUACAGUUUAAACUUUCAGGACCUACCAGAAUUUUUUGAAGAUAAUAUGGAAACAUGGAUGAAUAAUUUCCAUACUCUCUUAACUUUGGAUAAUAAGCUGCUUCAAACUGAUGAUGAAGAGGAAGCAGGCCUAUUGGAGUUAUUAAAAUCCCAAAUUUGUGAUAAUGCUGCACUCUAUGCCCAAAAAUAUGAUGAAGAAUUCCAGCCAUACCUGCCCCGAUUUGUCACAGCAAUCUGGAAUUUAUUAGUAACAACAGGCCAAGAGGUCAAAUAUGAUUUGUUGGUAAGUAAUGCAAUUCAAUUUCUGGCUUCAGUUUGUGAGAGACCUCAUUAUAAGAAUCUCUUUGAAGAUCAGAAUACGCUCACAAGUAUCUGCGAAAAGGUUAUUGUUCCUAACAUGGAAUUUAGAGCUGCUGAUGAGGAGGCCUUUGAAGAUAAUUCUGAAGAAUACAUAAGGAGGGAUUUGGAAGGAUCUGAUAUUGAUACCAGACGAAGGGCUGCUUGUGAUCUAGUAAGAGGACUAUGCAAGUUUUUUGAAGGACCUGUGACAGGGAUCUUCUCUGGUUAUGUCAAUUCGAUGCUGCAGGAAUAUGCCAAGAACCCAUCUGUCAACUGGAAACACAAAGAUGCAGCAAUUUAUCUAGUAACAUCAUUAGCUUCAAAAGCUCAGACGCAAAGACAUGGAAUUACACAAGCAAAUGAACUGGUAAAUCUUACUGAGUUCUUUGUGAAUCACAUUCUGCCUGAUUUGAAAUCACCUAAUGUGAAUGAAUUUCCUGUACUUAAGGCUGAUGGUAUCAAAUAUAUCAUGAUAUUCAGGAAUCAGGUACCCAAAGAACAACUUUUGGCUUCCAUUCCUCUUCUGAUCAAUCAUCUUCAAGCUGAAAGUAUUGUGGUUCAUACAUAUGCAGCUCAUGCUCUUGAAAGACUGUUUACCAUGAAAGGAUCCAACAAUGCUAUACUUAUUACAGCUGCAGAAAUCGCACCCUUUGUAGAGAUUCUGCUAACAAACCUUUUCAAAGCACUCACACAUCCUGGCUCUUCUGAAAAUGAGUAUAUAAUGAAAGCUAUCAUGAGAAGCUUUUCUCUCCUGCAAGAAGCCAUAAUUCCAUACAUCCCCACUCUCAUCACCCAGCUUACCCAGAAGCUGUUAGCUGUUAGUAAGAACCCAAGCAAACCUCACUUUAAUCAUUACAUGUUUGAGGCAAUAUGUUUAUCCAUAAGGAUAACUUGCAAAGCCAACCCUGCUGCUGUCGUAAACUUUGAGGAGGCUUUGUUUAUGGUAUUUACAGAAAUUCUGCAAAAUGAUGUACAAGAGUUUAUUCCGUAUGUGUUUCAAGUGAUGUCUUUGCUUCUGGAAACACACAAAAAUGGCAUUCCAUCUUCCUACAUGGCCUUGUUUCCUCACCUCCUCCAGCCAGUGCUGUGGGAAAGAGCAGGAAACAUUCCUCCACUGGUGAGGCUCCUCCAGGCAUUUUUGGAAAAAGGUUCAAAUACGAUAGCAAGUGCUGCAGCAGAUAAAAUUCCUGGAUUACUAGGUGUUUUCCAGAAGCUUAUUGCUUCUAAAGCAAAUGAUCACCAAGGUUUCUUUCUUCUCAACAGUAUUAUUGAGCAUAUGCCUCCGGAGUCAGUUGACCAGUACAGAAAGCAAAUCUUCAUUUUGCUGUUCCAAAGACUUCAGAAUUCCAAAACCACCAAGUUUAUCAAGAGUUUCUUAGUCUUUAUUAAUUUAUACUGCAUAAAAUAUGGGGCACUAGCACUUCAAGAGAUCUUUGACAGCAUACAGCCAAAAAUGUUUGGAAUGGUCUUGGAGAAAAUCAUUAUUCCUGAAAUACAGAAAGUUUCUGGACAAGUAGAAAAGAAGAUCUGUGCUGUUGGCAUAACUAAAUUACUAACGGAAUGUCCUCCAAUGAUGGAUACUGAGUACACAAAGCUUUGGACACCUUUAUUGCAAUCUCUUAUUGGCCUUUUUGAAUUACCUGAAGAUGACACAAUCCCUGAUGAAGAACAUUUUAUUGAUAUUGAAGAUACACCAGGAUACCAGACUGCUUUCUCUCAGCUUGCCUUUGCUGGCAAAAAAGAGCAUGAUCCUGUAGGUCAAUUGGUGAAUAAUCCCAAAAUCCACCUGGCACAAUCUCUUCAUAAAUUGUCUACUGCAUGUCCAGGACGGGUUCCUUCAAUGGUGAGCACUAGUCUGAAUGCAGAAGCAUUACAGUAUCUCCAGGGAUAUCUCCAAGCAGCAAGUGUAACACUGCUCUGAACUUCAUUUGUUUGAUGGGCAACAAUUCAAUAGUGGCUUCCUAUAAAAGGAUAUUGACUUGUAAGCCAAGCUUCGAUAAACCGAUGCAAGCGUCUCCUUUUGGAAAUUAUCACAGAAUCCAUCUUGUAAACGAUAUUAAAUGUUACUUAAAGCAGAACUUGAGUAAAUUAGGUGGUUUGUGUGAUCAUAGGUAAUGGAGGUGGGUGACUUUUUCCAUUCCCAAUUUGCAGCUUUCAAAGGGAAUAUAGCAGUUCAUUAUUUGGGAUUGAUUUUGGGAUCCACAUUUGCUGUGUUUGGAUAACCUUUUAACUUUUCUGGAGAGCACUGCUGUAGAGAGUCAUAUUCUGUCACUAAAUGCCUUUUCCUUUUUGAUGCUUUUGUCAUUUUGUAUUUUCUGUGUCUUUCCUCUAGCUUCUUUUAUUUAAAAUGUGGAUAAAUACAGAAUUUUGUUUAUGUAAAUUGCCAAGCAGUGCAAAGUGAAUGGUUUUAAUUGUGUAGUCAGCAAUAAAGAAAACUCUAAACUCUAUAUUACAGAAUAGCUGAAGAAUAGGUUUACUUAUGAUCUUUGGGGGUUUUGUAAUAAUGAUCCCUUGGGGGGGAAAUCACCUCGAGAAAUACAUCAUCAGGUCCCUUAGAACCUCCUCUCCAUCUCUAAAGGAGAACUGACUAUCUAAAAGAAAAACAACCCAGUAGAGCUAUUUCAAGUGGUUCUUGUACCAUUGCCACAAUGAUAUGUUGCCACAAUAAUAUGGGCUGGGUGAUUAAGUUAUUUUUCUCAGCUUCUCUGUUUGCAAAUUGGGGCUAAUACUAUCCCAACCUCACAAGGAUGCUGUGAGAAUUUCUCCAUGUGUGAUAAAUGUUUUUGACUCCUUCAAUGCCCUGUGUGUAGAUACUAGGUACUUUUUCCUUUAUAUUCAUUUUUUAGGAAUUGAAGUCAGUUUUGGGUUGUCUUUUUCUGCCUUGUGUUUUAGAUCAGUGACAUAACUUGAUUUUUAAGAACUUAGCUUUUACCCCAAUAGAAUUUUCUGGAGUUGAUAUAUUAGUGUCCUCUAUCUCUUUCCAUCCUUUCUAUCCCUACUUUGGCAAUUGUCCUUUAUAUCUAUCCCAAGAUUUCGCUCAGGAUUUUGAUGGGCAUGCUUAGAAAGGAACUGAGCUCAAUUUCAUCUUAAGAGAUACUAUUGACAACAGUGUUUAAAGUGAACAAGAGUUGAACCUCUCUGAGCUUAACUAUAAAAGUGUCCUAUGGCUUCCAUUAAGGGGACAAAACUUUAAAAGGGUUUCAACGCUAGCCCUAUGGUACUUUUAAGUGAAUGUUGUUUGGAAUCUACUUUAUGCAAAAAUUAUAUAUUCAGGGUCCUAUCAGUUAAACCUAACCCUAAUACUUUUUAGUGAAAAUUAUUCAAGGAUAUGCCUUCACCUUCAUAAAGCCUCAGACAACCUGACUUGUAAAUGCUUACUACUGCUCUUAAUGCUUAUUGUUUUUAUAGUUUUGAAUGAGACGUUUAAAGCAGCUUAAGUGUGUGUGCACCAGGUCUAAUAAGACUGCUUCUGGCUUUGUCACCUUCCAUUGAUUAAAAAGUAGACAUCUGAGCGCUGACUUCAUUCAUCAUUCUAAAAUGUCUGGCAGAAGCUGUAUCAUAGUGAAAUUUCAGGUCCUAUAUUGUCUACUUUGUUACAACAUUCUGUGUAAAAGAAAGCAGACUCUGAGUAAAAAGAUUUUCUGUG